UAUUACUUUCGUUCCACCUUCUAAGCAAUAUGUUCUCUGACAGAAGGUGAUAUUGCGAAAAAGCAUAAAUUGAAAGGAUUCAUUCUGUGUUUUACAAUUUCAUACGAUUAAUAUUUUUAUACCGUCAAAAUGAACUUGAAGAACGUUAAAAACAGAUUAAAGGACGAAACAUUAGAUCUUAGCUUAUGUGAGCUGAGAGAAGUGCCUAUACGAGAAAUCGUGGCUAUUAAGAAAGCAACACAUUUGGACUUAUCAAAUAAUCUUUUAACUUCUUUACCUAGUACUUUUAUCGAUAUUAAGCAGAUAGUUAAACUAGAUCUUAGUAGAAAUAUGUUGACAGAAAUUCCAGAAAAUUUUGGAGAAUUGAGACAGUUGAAAUAUUUGGAUCUUUAUGCAAAUCAAAUAAGCAGAUUACCACUUAGUUUAAGUGAAUUGAAAAAUUUAAAGUGGCUAGAUUUAAAGGAAAAUCCUUUAACUUCUGCUGUAGCUAGCGUAGCUGGUCCUUGUAGUAAUUUAAGUGAAUGUCAAACUUGUGCUCGCAAUAUCGUAACUUACUUAUCACGUAUAAAGCUUGUUAUCGAAGAAGAAAAAUUACGUAGAUUAAAUGCCAUUACAGUAGAUACAGAAACAGAUAAUGUAUUAACAAAAAAAGUGGUGAAAAAGAAAAAGAAAAAACUACUAGAUAAAAAUAACAAACAAAAUUUUGAUGAAAAUGGAUCAAAUCUUUCUGUUAAAGUAUCACAAGUGGGUGAAAGUAAAGUAAAAGCUGAAACAGUAACACAGGAUAAAAUUCAAGCCAAUAAAGAUCACGAAGUUAAAGAAAAUCUAUGUCGAUAUUUUAUAUCCAUGAUAUCAUGGCUGUUUCUUUUUGGUUUAACAUUUAUACCGAUGAUUGUGAUUCUUCCAUUAUACUCAAAACGUACAGAGUUGUUUAUAGAUUAUAUAGAAGCUAAUACAGGUAUACGUUUAAAGGCAUUCCAGAAAUAUGGUGUUAAUUUACUCUAUUCUUUUAUGCAAGUUGUAAUUAAUAUUUAUGGUGAUUUGUACUAUGCUUACGAGAAAAAUUUUAAAACAGAGUCAGACAUUCCAGUAAAGAAAUAA